AUGGAGCAUAAUGUGAUGAACAAGUUCUUGGUUUUGGAGUCACACUGUAAAUUUUGGGAUUUUAUUGAUUGGGACUUGCUUCAAAUUAUACUGCCAGCAAGAAGGUACAAGAACUUUGCUUUCUUGAUUGUGAUUACACUGCUCAUGAGCUGGAUUAAUGGUUCAGGCCAAGAAUGCUUGUUAUUUCUCUGCAACAUUGGACCACUCAUGUUGCUUCACUGUGCUGAUAAAGUCUCUUUGGAUUAUGUCUUAAUCAGCCUUCUACAUUUACAUCAUGGACAUAAAGGCUUCGACUCUGUCCACUCUUGUUGCAAAGGAAUUUGUCAUGUGGAAGAGUUGUCAGUGUCACCAAAUUUUGUCCUGUACUUCUCUCCCGAAUUCGGUGGAUAUGGUUGCAGAUUCAGUCUUUUUGACAGUCUAAGGUGCUUGAAGAUUGAUAUGAAAGGCAUUGUGGACCAUGUUGAGGGUCUGAUAAAGUUACUCCAACAUUCUCCAAAUCUUGAAGCUCUAUGCAUCCAAUUUAUUCAGAUGCUUCAGUCCUCGAGGAUAAGCCAUUGGAUGUCCCGAGAAGUGGACGUCCCAUGUUUGUCGCGCAACUUAAAAGAAAUUGAGAUUGUUGCGUGCCGUGAUCCAGUAAACUUUACAGAACUUAUCAAGUUCUUCCUUCAAAAUGGAAAAUCUCUAGAGAAGAUAAACAUCACUCAAAAGGAACAAAGACUGAAUCUCGAGAGGUUUUAUGCAUUGAAUGAAGUUCAGUUAGCGUCUGAAGCAGUUUCAGUGUCCAUUGGUUCAGCCUCUGCUUGUGGAAGAAAGGAGUUGAUUAAGCUUGUUUAUGGGAAAUGUGGUUUGAGCGUAGUGACAGAGACUGGUAUAUCGAAGAUUAGAUUAAGAAGAAGCAUCAGAAUUGCAGCAAAGAAAUCUGCUCGCUUGGUGAGAGGAAAAUGAGGUGUACGUCCAUGAAUGUUGCGAUAUAGACAUCCAGAGAAACAUCAUGAGUAGAGUUUCUUCUAAUUGCUCCUCUGUAUCAUCAAAACAAAAACUAGCUAUUAAUAAGGUCACAUUAUUAUUUAUAGCUUAUGAUUAUAUUAAACCUUUUGGAUAUUCUGUCGCCAUCUAGACUCGAGCACGAGCUAUCUUGGCGUGUUUGUGUUAUUGUAUUUGUUAAGCAGUGUUGUUUAUAAUUGAUGGGUAUUGUUGGCAUUA